GGAACAUGUGGCUGGCACGUUGGGGCAGCGGAGGAAAAAGUUUCGAGUCAGAGGCUGGAAAGACCUGGCAGGACAAAAUCAUCGAGGACAGCAAGUGGCUCUGUUUUCCUUUACAUUUGCAUUUCGGAGAAGCUUGAAAGCUCGUAGAAGUUGUAGGAUGGCGCCCACUAUUCAUUAUACAGCAGAGAAAGGAGAGGGUGAAGUUUCCUCCAUAGAAGCUGAGCUCAGAGAGACGAUCCAGAAGAGGAUCAUGGUGCUGGAUGGAGGAAUGGGCACUAUGAUCCAGCAGAAACAUCUACAGGAGGAGGACUUCAGGGGCCAAGAGUUCAAAGAGCACCCCAGAAGCCUGAAAGGCAACAAUGACCUGCUGAGCAUCACCCAGCCUGAGGUCAUCUACGGCAUCCACAAGGAGUAUCUUCUUGCGGGGGCUGAUAUAAUUGAGACCAACACGUUCAGCAGUACGAGGAUUGCUCAGGCAGAUUACGGGAUGGAGGAGCUGGCGUAUCGGUUAAACAAGGCAUCAGCAGAAGUGGCCAGGAAGGCAGCUGAUGAUGUUGCAGCUCAGACAGGUGUGAAGCGGUACGUAGCUGGGGCUGUGGGACCAACUAACAGAACACUGUCAGUGUCUCCGUCAGUGGAGAGACCGGACUUCAGAAACAUCACGUUUGAUGAGCUGGUGGAAGCGUAUGCAGAACAGGUUCGAGGGCUGCUGGAUGGAGGCUGCGAUAUCGUCCUGGUGGAGACCAUCUUUGAUACGGCUAACGCAAAGGCCGCUCUGUUUGCUAUUGAUAUGCUGUUUGAAGAGGCUUAUGAGCCAAGACCCAUAUUUAUCUCAGGCACCAUUGUAGAUAAGAGUGGUCGUACACUCUCAGGGCAGACUGGAGAGGCCUUCGUUAUCAGCAUGUCUCAUAUGAAGCCUAUGUGUAUUGGUUUGAACUGUGCUCUGGGAGCCACUGAUAUGAGGCCGUUUAUUGAAGUGAUUGGGAAGAGCACUGACGCUUUCGUCAUAUGUUACCCCAACGCAGGUCUCCCCAACACGUUUGGAGGGUAUGACGAAACCCCACAGGUCACUGCCUCACAUAUAAAGGAAUUUGCAAUGGAUGGUUUCGUGAACAUUGUUGGUGGCUGCUGUGGAACAACGCCAGAGCACAUACGGGCGAUAGCUGAGAGUGUGAAACAGUGCCAGCCCAGAGUUCCUCAGAAAGAUGUCUUUGGUGACUUCAUGCUGCUCUCUGGUCUGGAGCCUUUCCGGAUCGGGCCGUACACCAACUUUGUGAACAUUGGGGAGCGCUGCAAUGUUGCUGGAUCGCGGAAGUUUGCCAAACUUAUCAUGUCCGGGAAUUAUGAGGAGGCGUUGAGUAUUGCUAAAGCUCAGGUAGAGAUGGGCGCCCAGGUGCUGGACAUUAACAUGGACGAGGGAAUGCUGGAGGGACCCGUCGCCAUGGCACGCUUCUGCAACCUAAUCGCCUCUGAGCCCGACAUCGCCAGAGUGCCGCUGUGUAUCGACUCCUCGAACUUCACGAUGAUCGAGGCGGGGCUGAAAUGCUGUCAGGGAAAGUGCAUCGUCAACAGCAUCAGCCUGAAGGAGGGGGAGGAGGAGUUUCUGAAGCGUGCCAGACAAGUCCGUCGCUAUGGCGCCGCUGUCGUUGUCAUGGCAUUCGAUGAAGAAGGGCAGGCUACUGAAAUCGACCAGAAGGUCAGAAUCUGCACGAGAGCCUAUCAUCUCCUUGUUGAGAAGGUUGGAUUUAACCCCAAUGACAUCAUCUUUGACCCCAACAUCCUGACCAUAGGCACCGGGAUGGAGGAGCACAACCAGUAUGCCAUCAAUUUCAUUAGAGCCACCAGAAUUAUUAAGGAGUCUCUACCUGGAGCCCGUGUUAGUGGAGGUCUGUCCAACCUGUCUUUUUCUUUCCGAGGCAUGGAGGCCAUCAGGGAGGCUAUGCAUGGAGCUUUUCUCUACCAUGCCAUAAAGGAUGGGAUGGAUAUGGGUAUUGUGAACGCAGGAAAUCUGCCAGUGUAUGAUGACAUUGAUAAAGAGCUGCUUGUGCUGUGUGAGAACCUGAUCUGGAACCGAGACCCAGAAGCCACAGAGAAGCUGCUGCAGUACGCUCAGAAUAACGCCAAAGGAGGGAAGAAGGUGAUUCAGACAGAUGAAUGGAGAAAGGGAAGUGUGGAGGAGAGACUGGAGUAUGCUCUUAUAAAGGGUAUAGAAAAGUAUGUAGUCGAGGACACAGAGGAGGCUCGUGCACAGACUGACCACUACCCCCGUCCACUCCACGUUAUUGAGGGGCCGCUUAUGAAUGGCAUGAAGACCGUGGGUGAUCUGUUUGGAGCUGGAAAGAUGUUCCUGCCGCAGGUGAUAAAGUCGGCUCGUGUGAUGAAGAAAGCCGUGGCCUAUCUGAUUCCCUUCAUGGAGAAAGAGCGAGAGGAGAUGAUGGCAACAUCUGGAGAGUCAGAGGACAUUGAUCCAUAUCAGGGCACGAUAGUUCUGGCCACAGUGAAGGGAGACGUCCACGAUAUUGGCAAGAACAUUGUAGGUGUCGUUCUGGGAUGCAACAAUUUCCGAGUGAUUGAUUUGGGCGUGAUGGUACCAUGUGACAGGAUCCUGAAGGAGGCUGUUGAGAAGAAAGCAGAUAUAAUUGGUUUGUCCGGUCUCAUCACUCCGUCUCUUGAUGAGAUGAUUCACGUUGCUAAGGAGAUGGAACGUCUGGGCAUGAGGACUCCUCUGCUGAUUGGCGGAGCGACCACUUCAAAGACUCACACAGCAGUGAAGAUCGCCCCUCGGUACAGCUGCCCCGUUAUUCACGUACUUGAUGCGUCUCGCAGCGUUGUUGUGUGUUCUCAGCUGUUGGAUGAGGGAGUGUGUGAAGAUUACUUUGAGGAGGUAACAGAGGAGUAUGAGGAGAUCAGACAGGAUCACUACGACUCUCUCAAGGAACGGCGCUACUUAUCACUCAUGCAGGCGCGGGAGAGAGGCCUACAUGUGGACUGGCUCUCUCAGCCAACACCAGUUCAACCUCAGUUUCUUGGAACUCGUGUGUUUGAGAAAUAUGACCUGAGGAGGCUGGUGGACUUCAUCGACUGGAAGCCCUUCUUUGACGUAUGGCAGCUCAGAGGGAAGUACCCCAACAGAGGCUACCCCAAAAUCUUCAAAGACAAAACCGUGGGGAAGGAGGCCCAGCGUGUUUUUGAUGAUGCUCAAGGGCUGUUAAACAGGCUAAUUAACAGCAACGGUCUGCAGGCGAGAGGUCUGGUGGGUUUCUGGCCUGCACAAAGCCAAGGCGACGACAUUCUAGUGUUCGCGGAUGACGUCACUCCUACCUCGUCCAAUCCCGUAGCUACCUUCUACGGGCUCAGGCAGCAGGCGGAGAAGGACUCGGCGAGUUCAGAGCCGUACCUGUGUCUGUCAGACUUUGUGGCUCCGUUGGACAGCGGUGUGCGGGAUUACGUGGGGCUGUUCGCUGUUGCUGUGUUCGGGGCGGAAGAGCUCAGCCGGGACUUCGAGCGUCAGGCUGAUGAUUAUAGCAGCAUCAUGGUGAAGGCUCUCGCCGACAGACUUGCUGAGGCCUUUGCUGAGGAACUGCAUGCCCGUGUGCGGAGGGAGCUUUGGGGUUAUAGUGCGGAGGGAGAUCUGCCAGCUACCGACCUGCACAAGCUCCGUUAUGCUGGGAUUCGUCCUGCUGCUGGCUACCCCAGCCAGCCUGACCACACCGAGAAGCGCACCAUGUGGAGCCUUGCAAACAUACAGGAGAAAACUGGCAUUGGUCUAACUGAAUCUUUGGCUAUGACCCCUGCUGCUGCUGUGUCUGGUCUCUACUUUUCCAACACAAAAUCCUCCUACUUCGCCGUGGGCAAGAUCACCAAGGAGCAGGUCGAGGAUUAUGCCAGGAGGAAGGAGAUUCCUGUGAGCGAGGCAGAGAGAUGGCUGGGACCCAAUCUGGGUUAUGACACCGACUGAACCAGAACAUCUGCUCCAGACAGACCUGCAAAGCCAAGGAAACACUAAAAAUUACAACCAAAAAAAAAAAAAAACACACAAAACGGUGGAGAAUUGCUGCUUGAAAUGCUGUUCAGUCCAUGGAAAGGUGCUACCUGGAGUCUGGAGAGUGGACCACACAGCUGGAUGGUUUGGACCCAGAACUUUUGCUGAAGAACAUCUAUUUUCAAGCUGCUACUUUAUACUGAAGAAGCUUCCACCUGUACACCGCACAAGUGCCAGACCACAGUUAUUGUUAUUAAUGAGAAGACUGUCUGUCGAUUUGUUUAAAUACUGUAGACCUUUUAAAUUUGAUUUGAAAUCAUUUUUCUUUUUCAGCUUCUUUAAAGUAUUGCAAAAAAUCAGCUUUAGACUUGCAGUUUAUUGUAGUAUAUAUUUAUUUAAAAAACCCUUAUUGAUCAGUUUGAGUCUCAAAGUUGUCACUAGGAGGCGGCCAAAUUGUUGCCGUGGAAUUUUAACCAUUUGAUGGUUUUAUUAAAUAAUUCUUAAAAUAAAAAUAUCUUUUGAAGUAUUAUUAUGUAGCUAUAGUUCUUAAAAUGUAGGUUUAUUACUAAACCAACUGUUGAGUUCAUUGUUGUAAUUUUGCACACUGAGUUUUGUGAUUUAACAGUUUUAACAUAGAAUUUGUGACUUUUGCUUUAUUAAAAUUAGUUUAAAAUACAAAUGUUUCGUCUUUAGGACUGUUUAAAAACACCCGCUGCUCUGCACGUUGUCUGAACAUUUCAUGAUGGAUGUACUAAUCGAAUCCCAUUACAUUGACACCCCUCACUGUUAAGAAUGUAUAUUUUUUUUUUUGCCUUCUCCUAUAAAGUUUCAGAGAUGUAAGAAUUUGUUGCAGCACUAUGUUAAUUUACGUUAACAUUUACAAGCUGCUUAUGAUGUUUUAAAAUAAAAGCGUUCGUGGUUCACUGAU